CCCUUUAACGCCACAGGCCCUCCCUCCCUCCUCCCUCCCGCGGAGUUUCCAACUUUUCAUCUGCCUUUGAGAUGAGCAGUGAAACUUCCCCAAUUGCCCUAAAUGCCCCAUCGUCUGUUGCGUAAAGGCAGACGCCUCAGAUCGCCCCGUGCGCUCGCAGCAGCAGCAGCAGCACCACCACCACCAGCAUGUCGCUUAUUUCCUUCGGUAGUCGCGUCUUUCGGUCUUAUUAUUUACAUGUUUUGGGUCGAAGAGGAUGCAGCACAGCGGCGUUCAUGCCGGAGUCUGCGGGCUUCGACGGAGUGUCGAGCCGCUCCGCCCUGCACGAGUUCUCCGUGUCCAACAGCGAGACUUUCUGGGCCGCGUUAGCGCGCCACAGACUGAGCUGGAUGAGUCCGUUCCACACGGUCCACGACUGCGACCUGAGCCGGGGAAGGAUCCGCUGGUUCGAGGGGGGGAAGCUGAACGUCUCCGUAAACUGUCUGGACCGUCACGUGCAAACAUGUCCCGAGAAGGUGGCACUGAUCUGGGAGAAAGAUGAGCCAGGGUCAGAGGUUAAAGUCACCUACAGGCAGCUGCUGGAAAUGACAUGUCGCCUGGGCAAUUUGUUGCGGCGGCGCGGCGUGAAGAAGGGCGACUGUGUCACCAUCUACAUGCCUCCUUGCCCUCUGGCCGUGGCGUCCAUGUUGGCCUGUGCCCGCAUUGGUGCGGCCCACAACGUGGUGUUUGCUGGGUUCAGUGCGGACUCACUUUCAGAGCGAAUCAGAGACGCGCAGUCCAGCAUCGUCAUCACAGUGAAUCAGGGCGUCAGAGGCGGUAAACUCACACAGCUGAAGAAGACGGUGGACACAGCGGUCCAGAGCUGCCCCAACGUACGGCACGUGUUUGUCAGCAUGAGGACAGAGAAUCCGGUCGCCAUGACGGAAAGAGACGUUGACAUGGAGGAGGAGAUGCUGAAGGAGGACGCGGUGUGCGAGCCAGCUGCCAUGGACAGUGAGGACGUUCUGUUCAUGCUUUACACGUCUGGCAGCACGGGGAAGCCCAAAGGACUGGUGCACACACAGGCCGGAUAUCUGCUGUACGCUGCUGUCACACACAGGUACGUCUUCGGCUACAGCGACGGAGACGUGUUCGGCUGUGUGGCGGACAUCGGCUGGAUCACAGGACACAGUUACGCUGUGUACGGGCCGCUGGCCAACGGCGGAACUACUGUUCUGUUUGAGAGCACUCCCAUUUACCCUGACCCAGGACGAUACUGGGAGAUGGUUCAGAGGCUGAAGAUUAACCAGUUUUAUGGGGCGCCCACAGCGAUACGACUGCUGCUCAAGUACGGAGACCAGUGGGUGCAGAAAUACGACCGCUCCAGCCUCAAAACCCUGGGCACUGUGGGUGAGCCCAUCAACACUGAAGCGUGGCAGUGGUACUACAGCGUGGUCGGAGGCGAGCGGUGUCCUGUCGUUGACACCUGGUGGCAAACAGAGACAGGUGGCAUCUGCAUCGCCCCGAGGCCCUCAGAACCAGACGCAGAGAUUAUUCCAGGGAUGGCUAUGAGACCUUUCUUUGGCAUAAAGCCAGUGCUCAUGGACAGCAAGGGCAAAGUUCUGACGUCCAACGACGCGAACGGAGCUCUGUGCAUAGCUCAGCCUUGGCCUGGAAUGGCCCGGACGAUUCACAACGACCACGAGAGGUUCAAAGACACCUACUGUCAGCAGUAUCCUGGUUAUUUCUCCACGGGUGAUGGAGCCCAUCGAUCCAAGGACGGAUAUUACCAGAUCACUGGACGCCUCGAUGAUGUCAUCAACGUGAGCGGUCACAGGAUUGGGACAGCGGAGAUCGAGGAUGUAGUGAAUCAGUGUCCAGAGGUGGCUGAAUCUGCUGUCGUGGGAUACUCGCACGACAUCAAAGGAGAAGGUGUUUAUGCGUUUGCGGUGCUAAAAAAGAGCGUAGAGGCCGAAGAGGGAGUCCUGUCCAAGCAACUCAAAGACCUGGUCUCUCAGAAGAUCGCCAAGUACGCUAGUCCAGACUGCAUCCAGUUUGUCGAGCGUCUGCCUAAGACACGUUCUGGUAAGAUAAUGCGUCGGGUGCUGCGGAAGAUUGUGGAGGGCGACACAAGCGGCUUGGGAGACCUCAGCACAGUCGACGACCCCGCAGUCAUUCAAGAGAUCAUCCAGAGUCACGACAAACACUUCCGCAAACAGUAACCGUAGCACUUUUUUUUCUCUCGCUCUCUCUAAAAAGUCUUAAAGAGUCACGUGAAAAACUGUUCUGCGUCUCACUUUAAACAGAUUGUGAUUGUGUAUCGAGACGUUCGACUGAUGUUUUCUUGUUUUUAUUGCACAAAUGAAGUUUUUUCUACUACUCUUGACACAAAGCUAUUGUCUUCUCAAACUCAAAUUACACAGCCUACUGUGCAAUAAACCACUGUGAUUUUUACAACGCA